AACUACAGUGCUCGAAAUGUUAACACAAGGCACCAAAGCAUGUGCCGACUUGUUGUUAGUGAGUUGCAAAAGUUAUUUCGCUUUUGAUCUAAUAAAAACAUGACAGAAAAUAUGCAGAACACGGAUACUUUAUCUCAAAAUGAGGAUGAUAUGCUCAUUUGCCUGCCUGGAGACCGUCUGUGUCGCGUGGAGGACAACAUCGUUGUAGGUCAAGGCACAUACGAACAAGGGGGCUAUAUUUAUGCCAGUAAAUCGGGAAUUAUUAAUAUUGACGAAUCAAAUGAAAAAUGCCAAAUUGUAAGUGUACACAAGCCUGGCUUCCAUUUGACCAUUCCGGCAACAGGAGAUGUUGUCACAGCUCGGGUUCUAGUGACGACACCAAAGUUCGCCAAGUGUGCGAUAUUUUGCGUGAGGAAUGUGUUACUCGAGAGCAGUUACCGCGGUCUGUUGCGCAAGGAGGAUGUCCGCGAAACGGAUAAAGAUCGUGUGGAUAUUUACAAGUCAUUCAAGCCCGGCGAUGUCAUAUUGGCGCGCGUUGUCAACCAAAUGGAGCAAUCCUUUAUGUUAAGCACAGCGGAGGCAGAACUCGGCGUGGUGGUGGCCUAUGCUAGUGAUUAUCGGAAGAAUCGAAUUCCCAUGGUGCCCAUUGGUUGGAGCGAAAUGCAGUGUCCCCAAACGACGAUUAAGGAGCCAAGAAAGGUGGCAAAAGUAUUGCCCGAGAGUUCAAUUAAGUCUGAGAAAUAAAACAAUUAUUUACAGAGUAAAAAUAUCUCAUUUGAUUCAAAUAUCA